AUAGGCGUGUCACCCACAAGAGGCAUAAACUGUGAAAUAACCGCGCAGACUUGUCAGCCCCCUUUUCAGACGAUAACAGUAAAGCCGAGAGACUCUAAAGUGACUCUAAAAUGCUCGAUUAAGACUGGUGGACAUGUGCAAGAUUUGACCUGGCAGGGCCUUGAAAGAAACCUCAGUGCCAGUAAAGGUCUAUACUUACUACAAAACUAUUCGACGGAUGUAAAUCAGUUACGUGGAUGUUUCUCUAUAAAAUACGCCAGUGAGCAUAUUCUCCUUUUUCCUCUUUUGUAAUUCAUUGUUUAUAUAAAAACAUCUUGAUGGAUAAUUUUUUGUCUUCUUUUUACAUAUUUUAUUAUUAAUGAUCCCUGAAGACCUAGUCGGUGGCUGAAGGAGAUUUAAUUGCAUGGUAACGGCAGCCCUUGCGGUUAGAGUAAUAUCAUAAAGCGGUUGAAGUUUCGUCCGGCUGAAUCACCUUCAACGUUAACAAAGGCAUUUUACUGAGUCCCUAAUUUAAAAUCAACAUAGAGCUGUAGUAAAGCAUUAACGAGUUUGUUUUAGGAAAGUGUCACUUAAAAGAGAGAGAUCACUGUAUCUCAAAAAUAACUGAGUGGAUGACUUAUCAAGUUAUCAGUUUGGAAAGUAAGACGAAAAAUUCCUUUUCAGUUCCAGUUCAGAGAGUUUAUAAGACAAGUUCUCCAGUGGAUUUAUAUUCUGAUACGAGGGAAAUGAAACUUAGGUGUGCCUUUAAGGGAUGGCCUCGUCCUCGUGUUGCUUGGUACAAUCCCUAUAAGAAAAUAAUCAUCAACGGAUCUGAAAGCUUUUACCUCUACGAGCAGCUGGUUGGAGAGGACAUCUUAUAUUCUGUUCUUCGAUUUCCUAAAGUCCAAGAAAAACACGCAGGGGUUUAUAAAUGCACAGGAAUGAACAACAUUACUGGAUGGUCGAGUGGAAGAUCUGGGUAUAUUGAUCUGAAUUAUCGUUGUAAGUGA